CAGCGCUUGCGUCACGGCGGGCGGAAGUGGCGCCGCUCGUUUGAAAUCUGCCGAGUGGGCUCGCGCCGGACCCGAGCCGCUAGGGGUGCCAUGUCCACCCCUCCGCUGGCGCCCACGGGCAUGGCGUCCGGGCCCUUCGGCGGCCCGCAGGCUCAGCAGGCCGCGCGCGAGGUCAACACGGCCACGCUGUGCCGCAUCGGGCAGGAGACCGUGCAGGAUAUCGUGUACCGCACCAUGGAGAUCUUCCAGCUGCUCAGGAACAUGCAGCUGCCAAAUGGUGUCACUUACCAUACUGGAACUUACCAGGACCGGUUAACGAAGCUGCAGGACCACCUUCGGCAACUUUCUAUUCUCUUCAGGAAGCUACGACUGGUCUAUGACAAGUGUAAUGAGAACUGCGGAGGAAUGGACCCCAUUCCUGUUGAGCAACUUAUUCCAUAUGUGGAUGAAGACGGCUCAAAGAAUGAUGACCGGGCUGGUCCACCUCGUUUUGCUAGCGAAGAGAGACGAGAAAUUGUGGAAGUAAAUAAGAGACUCAAACAGAAGAAUCAGCAGCUGAAGCAGAUCAUGGACCAGUUACGGAGUCUCAUCUGGGACAUAAAUGCCAUGUUGGCAAUGAGGAACUGAUCUGAUACUUAAAUCUCCUGCUCAACUCAUGUGAUACGGUUGGGCUUUUUCCCCUCUUGAGUAUUCCUCCCUUUGGAAAACAUUAUUUAUAUCUUUAUUCUAACAGCUAGCACUAAAGCUUCUGUUCCCUCUUUAAAGUAUUUACUAGCCUUUUUUUUUAAUACUGUGGGUUUUAUGAAAGAUUAUUAUAAUACCUUUGAUAGGGUGUGAAUUUUGGUUAAUCUUCAGAAAUUGCAUAAAUUUAAAAAAAUACAAAUAAAAAGUUAAACAUAACCAGCUUGCUUGUUUCAGUUACCCUUUCAAAGGCAAGUAAAGUAUAAAUAUUUUAGCAUAUUAAAAAUACCAAAGUUUUUCUCUGAAAGAAAUUAUUAAAAUAAAAAAUAUACCAGCUCAUUUUUUAAAUUCAAUUUUACCUUCAAACCAGUUAAAAUAAGAAAACAGUUUGUUAUUCUAAAAUUACUUUUAUCACGAUCUUAAAGCAUUUUUCUGAAUUGAAAUGAGAGAGACGAUUUGAAGGUACAAAUGGGUUGCAGAUACAUGCUUAGCUGCACCUUGCCUUGGGCCCAGUAGCACGGACCUUGUGUCAGAGACAUCCCGAUCCCAAGUUUGUUUAGAAACAGUGAAUUUUUAAGAAUUCUAAUCAAGACUAUUUAGGACAGUUGUUCUCAACCUUCCUAAUGCUGUGACCUCUUAAUACAGUUCCGCAUAUUGUGGCGACCCCCAACUAUAAAAUUAUUUUCAUUGCUACUUCAUAACUGUAAUUUUGCUACUGUUAUGAUUUAUAAUGCAGAUAUCUAAUAUGCAAAUAGUCUUAAGACUCUUAAGUGACCCCUCUGAAAGGGUUGUUCAACCCCCAAAGGGGGCUCAACACAUAGGGUAACAACAGUUGCUUUAAGACAAGUACUUUUUCCGUUUACAGGUCUGUCUGUGUUAUCCUUUCAAGCCUGAGUCACAAGCCCUGGCCUGACUUGACUGAAAAUCCUGCUAUUUGGCUCUUGCUUGGGGAUUAAGUUUCUCCAAAAGGUUACAUAAGAAGCUGACCAGCUUCCUGUGGGAAAAGGAACAGGGGUGGUCCAGAUCAGAGUUCAGAGUAUGCUGACCUUUCAUUGUCUCCACUUUGGCACCUUCUGAAUGUUCUAGCCUGUGCAGAUAUUAUCUGAUCAAAACCAUACAUUUCAUGUGAGCUAUGCAGAUUGCCAGCAGUAACAGGUGACAGAGGCCAAGAAGGCUUAAGUUUACUUUUGCUGAUGCAGUUCUGAGCAAGCCCACUGUUGGUCAGAACCAUAUGGAAAGCUCAGUAUAGCUGCAACAGGGCAAAAGCAACGGUGUGAACCUGUGACACAGAGAAGAAAGUAGUACAGAGGUGGCAUAGGGCGGUACUCCACAGGACCUGUGGAUACUACAGUUUGUUAACACAUGCAGGAUUUCUGUAGAUUUUCAUAUGUAGCAUAGACUAUGAAUUUAUCAUCGUGACUGUAGUAUACUGUUAUGCAAUUGUUGAUAAUGAGGCAUACAUGCAUUGAGAGUAGUAUUUACCAGAGCUCCACUUGACUUCAGCUAAACACAUACCUCUCUUGAACAAAACACUUGGCAGUGUGAAACCAUAUGUAUAUAAACAGGGUAUACACACACUUUCCUCUAAACAAUUCAUGUAGCAAUAUGUUAGCAACAUAGGACCCCUACUUGCAUCAAGCUGCACACUACCCUCUGAAUAAUGGAGUAAGUUUCUCAUCCCUUUAGUAACCAUCUUACUUAAACUCUUCAGUUGUACCAAGAAGGUAGAGCUAGGCAGAUCUGGCUUAGAAUAAAAAGGCCUAAACAGUCAAUACUCAGGGCCCUUGAGUGUCUUCACUCACCGUGUAUUCUGGUGAAUUCUGUUACUUACCUUUGAAUAAACUUUCCUUGCUCCUUUC